CUCCUCCUUAAUAUCCCAAACAAACAUAUUUAUCCAAACCCAAUUAUACUCAUAACUGUACAUUAUCAGUUUCAUUAUACAAAUAGAUUCGAUUAUUUCCCCUAGAAAAAGCAUCCAUCCAACCCUCGUGCACCUAUCUGCCUCGGAAUUCGCGCGUUAUAAAAUUGGAUCUACUUUUUUUUUUACCUACCGUGACACUACAACCUCCACGCUAUUUGUGACCCGCCCCUCCCAGAUAACGCGUCCUGCUGCCUUUAAGUUAUAUGCCGCUUUUACACGCGAUGCAAAUAUCACCCGACACUAGUUGUCCGAUGUCUAUUGAACUGCUGCCAAGCGCAUCCCCGACGCCCGAACCGGAAACCAAAAGACGCUCGUCCAAACGAGUAUCGCUCCAGGCGCGAACGCCAGUAUAUGCGGAGCUCUCGCCACUGCCAUAUAUAGGCGGAUCUUUGCCUGUAUUGACCCCCGAAAGCCCGUCAAAACACGUCACACUCUCAUACAACAAGCAGAAGUGGCAGGAACCUGUUCCAGAUGAGCCGGCGCCCGUCUUUACCGGGGCUCCUCUCGCGGCCUUUCCGCUGUCAAAGGUGAAAAAGGAGUCGCUAUGGCCAAAAAACCUCAGUGCCCGACGGAAGGGCUCCCAGAGCAAGUCCCAGACGCCGCAGCGCAAGUCCGGGGAAUCGUCCCAGGAGUCCACGCGCGAGUCCACCGCCGACGCGGAGUCGCGCGCGGAGGAAAAACUCAUAUUGAGUUUACAGACGGCAAAAUCAGAGGCAAUCACUACCAAAAGCACCGUCCGGGAGUCCCUAGACGGUAUCAAGGCCGUCCCCAAGCCGGGAAGUACAGAGGUGGAGGACAACUCGGAUGUCAGGCUUGGAAAAAGGGGGUUUUCGCCCCCCUCUACGCCCACGCAAACCCCACGACUUCCCUCUCAGACGUCUCCCGACGACGCCAAGAAGAAACGAAUCAAGUUUUCCUCGCCAAAGAAGCCCACACAGUCCACGUUCGGGUUCGAUGGCGGGCUUACGGGAAAGCCGCGUGCGGCAACGGUGGAGGCGUCGGACCCUACGCGCGAUAACGAAGACUUUUGUGCCGCGUGUGGUGAGCCGGGGAUCUUCUUAUGUUGCGAGGCGUGUCCCAAAUCGUUCCAUUUUGCCUGUUGCGAUCCUCCGUUUGACGAAGAUUCGUUGCCUGAUGACGCGUGGUUCUGCCGUGAGUGUUAUGUGAAGGCCCAUCCGGCCAAGACCUACCUGGUAGGCAUGUUCAGCAAGUUGAUGAACCAGAUGGAGAGGCGCAACCCCAACCAGUUUCUCCUCCCGAAGCGCAUCGUGGAGUACUUUGACGGCGUUUCGGCUAACGCGUACGGCGAGUACCAGGACCAGGACUUGAAGCCCGAGAUCAAGCUCGUGCGCACUACCAAAGAGGAUGUAGAUCCCGUGUUGGACAAGCACGGCCGGCCGCUCAUCUGCUACCGGUGCAAGGGCACAGGACUAGAGCAGCCAAUUACCACAUGCGAGUACUGUCCAUUGUCCUGGCACCUCGACUGUUUGUCUCCGCCGCUUGCGACAAUCAAGACAUUGGGCAGCAAGUGGAAGUGCCCCAACCACACCGACGAUUUGGUGCUCGAAAGGGAGCGCGCUGUGCUGAAGGGCACCAUUGUGGAUAUCAGCGUAAGCCACGGGUUCAGAAACAACGGGAAUAUCGAGGUAGACCUCGAACUGUACGAUUAUCUGGAUGAAGAGAUGGAGCCGGUGGUGUUGCCCACUCCACCGUACUUUGAAAGCCAUGCAACGGAGAACGGGGUCGCCGCGCCAGCGUCCAGGGCUUUGCGAAGGGCAUUCAGCAUCGACGGGGUGAAGUAUAGGAUCCCGGAGAAGGGGAUCCUUCUUGACUUUAUCACCGCCACCAAAUGGAAGAAUGAAGCUGAAAGGGAGGAAGGCGUAGAGGGUGCAGAGGGGCCUAAUUCGCGGGGUAGAGCCGAGGAUGCUACCCAGGAAGUCAUUGAGAAAGCCAUUCAGGAAGCUACUGAGGAAGUUAACUCGGAGGGACCAGAGAAAAAGGGUAUCAAGCUAGAAUCUGUCUCUGGGAUUACUACAUCGCCCAUCCUUGAGGAAACACGCUCUUCGUCCAACGCCUUACCCCCUGGGGAUCCUCCUGGUAUAGAUGAAACCAAUUUUUCGGCUUUGGUCCGCGUUGCGCUAUCUGACUUGGAGGUACUUGGGCUUUGCGAUAUUAUUGACGCGAAACAGCAAAAAGCGCGUCAGUCCCUAGACUACGUGGUUUCCGGCGACGACGUGGAGUCUUUGGCGGAGGGCGAAAUCGAAGACUUGCUUCAGAUCAAAAGGCUCCUUCAAGCGAAGGGUAGGGCAUCUGUGUUGGCAUUUUUGAAGUCGUAAUAUAUUUGUGUAAUCAAAUGUAACCCUGGUCUGUGUGAGAGGGCGUUACAAUUCCCGGUUAUGUUUCUGGCCAGAUCCAGUGUAACAAAUAAUAGUUCGUUCCCGGUGCUUACCGGUGAAACUUUCGGGGUUUCGAUAGGCAUUGAUUUAUCGCAUUAACGGGGACGUAUCGAGACCAAGAUAGGACGGGUGAAUAUAUGAGUUCCUCCAAGACUGUUGCGCCGAAACGGUUGAUUACCGAAAUUUAAGCG